UAUGGAUGUGUACUCAUUUAAUUGGCCUACUUAAGGAAGAAUGAAUUAGCGAGGUUUAUGUAAUGUCGUCAUGAUCGGAAGUUCCUAAUUAACGGAGCAAUAGGCAACACAUCAAGUGGUACAGAGUUUUCUGCCUGAAGAUAAAUCCCGAGGGAGAAGUGCAGAGCCCAAGUCCUUACUGUAGGUUUGGAAUCUCAACUUCGGCAAAUUGGAAAAGCAAAAAUACUCUCUUUUCAAUGAUGGGAUUGGCCUUGAGAUUUCAUCCUAUUCAGCUUUCAAAUGUCGGUGCAACUCCUGUUCAGCAUUCAUAUCUGGGUGCCGCUCCCCGUCAGAUUGCUGCCGCUGCUACUUCCAUCACAAUCCCCUUUAAUUUCAAUUUUUUUCACAACGUUCCUUUGAAUGGGACUGCAAAAAUUGCGUUGGGAAUUCAGUGCCACAUGAAUUGUUUAGGCGGGUCUCAAAUUUUGCUGCAGAGAAAAAAUGGGUUAUUUGGAUUCAGACAAUACACAUCAGUAAUAAAGGAAAAACAAGGGACGCAUAGGAUUGCAUUGUGUCAUGUGGCAGGAGGAGCGAACCCCGGCCUACCAUCUUCCACGGUUUAUGAUGCAUCAUUGGGUCCAAAACUGAGGGCGAUAGUCUUCUACAUUGUAAACUGCAUUGUGGCUAUUCCUCUGUUUGUCGUGAUGCUAGCAGCCCAUCCCUUUGUUCUUUUGUUUGAUAAAUACAGAAGGAAGAUUCAUCACCUUAUUAACAAGGCAUGGGCAAGUCUCUCACUUUUACUCCUUUAUAAAGUGGAUAUUGAAGGGUUGCAAAACUUACCACCACCCGAUGCGCCGGCUGUGUAUGUUUCUAAUCAUCAGAGCUACUUAGAUGUAUAUGUUUUGUUGUUGCUUGGAAGGAGUUUCAAGUUCAUAAGCAAGACCAGCAUAUUUCUCAUUCCUAUUAUUGGAUGGGCAAUGUUUAUGACUGGUCACAUCCCUCUGCGCCGGAUGGACAAUAAAAGCCAGAUGGAAUGCCUUAAACGGUGCCUGAAUGUUCUAAAACAUGGAGCUUCAGUUCAUUUCUUUCCUGAGGGAACUCGCCCAAAAGAUGGAAAAUUAUCUACUUUUAAGAAAGGCGCAUUUAGUAUGGCAGCAAAGGCUAGAGUACCUGUUGUUCCAAUUACUCUUAUUGGGACAGGUGAAAUUAUGCCAAAUGGAAUGGAAGGUACUUUGAGACCAGGUUCUAUAAAAAUUAUUGUAAAUCAACCAAUUGAAGGCACAAAUGCAGAUGAACUGAGUAACAAAGCAAGAUCUGUGAUAGCACAACAACUUGUAAUGCAUGGCAAUGGAGUGCAUUGAAUGCAUUUAGAUUAGUAAUGAUGAUUGAAUUGGAUGGUUUGUCAGCAUUCGUGCCUAAGAAUUGCAAAGGUUGCUGAAGAGCACAAGAAAUGAACUAAUGCAUGGAAGGGAAACACCCUAUACCGGAUUGGAGAUGAUACAUUCUUCCAUGAUGUCAUUAUGGCUCGUCAAACUUUUUACCAUGGAGACUAGACAAUAAAGCUGCGAGGAAUGUAUUUUUUUCGGAUACUGCUGGAAACUAAAUAAAAAUGUGCAUUAGCUCUGCUGUGAUAACUUCUAAAAAAUACAAUGCACAUGACUUUUGUGGAUGAGUUUCCAUGUUGUAUUGGCAUUUUAUUCGCAUGUAACUCUAAUUUAUGUUGAUGUUUCACUGCUUCUCAAGCUGGAAGCUGUGAUGCUUUCUAAAAUGUCGGUAUAUUAUAUUUUGCAUUGCAAUAUCCACAAUAAUGAAAUUGGCACUUUCUUGAGCAUUAAA